UGUACCACAAAUGUAAAAUAUUUGAACAAACAUAUAAAUAAAAGAAUUUAGUCGAUCUCGACCGGCAGGGGCCGGCAGAGACGCGUUUUCAUCGCGCACGCAGCAAAGCAAGGGCUGCUGGGUAAUAAUCACAGGCAAACAUGGCAGCCUCCCUUUCCAGGGUCUUGUCCUUCGGUAAAAACACGAAGGCUUUGCUCAGCGGCUUGAGGUUGUCUGCAGCUCCAGCACAACGAUACAGCGUUCAAGUUUCAGAUUAUGGAGAAAAAAUCACCCACACGGGACAGGUCUAUGACGAAAAUGAUGUGAGAAGAGUUAGGUUCGUCGGCAGGCAAAAAGAGGUGAAUGAGAACUUUGCAAUCAGCUUGGUUGCCGAGGAACCGGUGACACACACAGAGUCCAGAGUGGUGUCCUGUGAUGGAGGCGGAGGGGCUCUGGGACACCCCAAAGUUUACAUCAACUUGGACAAGGAAACCAAAGUGGGCACGUGUGGAUACUGUGGGCUCCAGUUUAAGCAGACGCAUCAUCACUGAAGAACCGUCUUUUUGUCUGUUUGGGCUAUUCAUAACUCUCCUUUGAAUGCAUCUAAUUCUAUUCCUGUAUAAUAAAAUAUUGCUGUAACUUAAAA